AAUGAGUGGUUCGGCAAAAAUUAUUAUUAAAAAUUGUGAACAAAUAGUUCAGGUCUGCGAUUGUCAUGAAUCAUAUAAAAGAGGUCCACAAAUGGAUAGUCUGGCUAUUAUUGUUAGACGGGAUGAUAGCAUUGGAUGCAGUCUUGUCAUUGGAUUUGAUGGACUCAUCAAAGAUAUUGGUUAUGAUGACCAAAUUGGAUCUAAAUAUAGUGAUGUUAAAGAAAUCAUUGAUGGAACCAAUUGUUGUGUUAUUCCCGGACUCAUUGAUAGUCACAGUCAUCCGGUGUUUGCCGGCGACCGUGUCUUCGAGUUUGACGCUAAAACAAGAGGGGCUUCAUAUUUGUCGAUACAUGAGAAGGGAGGAGGCAUUUACCACACUGUCUCUCAAACACAGUCAGCAACUGAACAACAAUUGCUGAAACUAUUGCUUUCAAGAAUUGAUAACAUGAUGUCGUGUGGAACCACUGUAUUGGAGUGUAAAUCUGGUUAUGGCUUAGAUUUAGAAACCGAAACAAAAAUGCUUAGUGUUAUCAAUAAAGCAAAUGAUUUGACAUCAAUGGAUUUGGUGACCACUUUUUUGGGCGCACACGCCGUUCCCAAAGGACUAUCGCCACAACAAGGAGUCAAAUCUGUGAUUGAAAUGAUGACAGUUUUAAAAGAUAAUAAGUUUAAUAUUGAAUUUAUUGAUGUGUUUUGCGAAAAAGGUGUAUAUGAUGUCCAGCAAAGUGAAGAGAUCUUAAAUGCUGGCAAACAAUUAUUGAAUGCUUUUCCUGGUUUUCACGGCGAAGAACUUAACUAUUUAGGAUCAGCCGAAAUGGCCGCAAGAGUUAAUGCCAGAUCUGUUAGCCAUUUGGAGUUUAUUGGCGAUGAGGGCAUUAAAGCUCUGUCUGAUAACAAUAUUGUUGGCAUAGUAUUGCCGACCACUUUAUAUCUGCUGAAACUACAGUCCCCUCCCGUACGCAAAAUGAUUGAUAAUAACGUUAUCGUAGCCAUUGGUUCAGAUUUUAAUCCUAACGCCAUGUGUUUUUCCCUUCCAAUGGCUAUGAACUUAGGUGUCGUUAAGUGUGGCUUUACUAUCAACGAGUCGUUGGCCGCGACUACAAUCAACGCGGCCUAUGCUCUCAACCGAAGUCAAACACACGGCUCUCUUGAAAUCGGGAAAUACGGAGAUUGUGUGGUCAUUGAUGCACCCGAUUGGAGACAUAUUGUGUAUGAAUUUGGAAAUUCAACUCAUCUUAUUAAACAUGUUAUUAAAAAUGGUAAU